GCGACGAAUGGUUGUCACGUGGUUUGUUUAUUUGAUCUAUUCUCCCAGUCGUGAUCAAUCGAAAUGGAUGAAAUUGAUUAUAUGUCCGAUAACUUAUUGAGUAAUUGCAGUGAUGUUCGACCAGGUUUGAUACAUUCACAGUCUGUCAAACGGAAACAUAAAAUAGAACGGAAACAAUUAGAAGCUAAUAAGAAGAGUUUUACCAAACCAUUGAAGAAAUUAGAAGAAGAAAGAAGAUUGGAAGGGUUAAAUUCUGCAUUAACUUCUAAUAAUAAAGGAUUUGAAUUGCUACAAAAAAUGGGUUAUAAACCAGGCAUGGUAAUUGGAAAAGAAGGAAGAAAAGAUGCAAGUAUUCAUCUUCAAGAACCAAUCAAAGUAAAUAUUAAAUCUGAUAGAGGAGGACUUGGAAGAGAAACAGAAAUUAAAGAAAAGAUGGAAAAACAAAAAGAAAUGCUUUCAAAACGAAAAAUUAUAAGAGAAAAAGAAGUUGUUGCUUUACAGCAAAAUUAUCAACAAUAUAUUCGUAAUAAACGCUCGACAAAAUUAAUGCAGAGAGAUUUAUGUGAAAGUCAAAGGAUAUGUGAACAGCUUGAUAAAGAAAAUGAUAUUCAAGAACCAUCUGAAGAAUGGUUUUGGCCUCCACAGAAAACAGAUACUGAAGAGGAAGAAAGUGAAAGUGAAGAGGAAGAAGAAGAUGAUGAUGAUGAUAUUUUAGAGCCCUCUGAUAAGUUGCUAAUUCUUACAUCAUAUUUAAGAAAAACUUAUUAUUAUUGCAUUUGGUGUGGAACUAGAUUUAAUGAUCAAGAUGAUAUUAAACAGAAUUGUCCAGGAAGUACACAAGAAGAUCAUAAUUAAAUGUCAAUUGUUUGUAUAUAUAUUUAAUGUAAAUAUGUGUGUUAUUAAAAGUUAUUUAAAUGAUUUU